UGGAAGAAAGAAUCCGGGAGUAUCCAAAAGUAAAAAUUAGGGGAGGAGCUUAGAAAGAAUUAGGCGCAGCGAAAAACCUUUAGAAACUCGUAGAAACCCAAAGAGAGCGUAAUGAGUGGUGGUGUUUAUGGUGGAGAUGAGGUCGGGGCUCUUGUCUUUGACAUUGGGAGCUGUACUUCCAGGGUAGGAUAUGCUGGGGAAGACUGCCCUAAGGCGGACAUACCAACAGUGAUAGGGGUGGGGCCAGGAGAAGACACGCCCAUGGACACUGAGGACUCUGAGGCUCCAAUAAAACCGGCUCCUUCCAAUAAAUAUUAUAUUGACACUACAGUCAUUGGACGACCAAGGGAAGGAGUUGAAAUGAAGACGCCAUUGAAAGACGGGAUCAUUAAAGAUUGGGAGUUAUAUCAACAGUUGAUUAAUCAUUUGUAUACGAAACACAUUAAGACUGACUCUGAUCUUCAUCCAGUACUGAUGACAGAACCAACCUGGAAUACGAAAAGUGACAGAGAAAAGUUAACUGAGCUGAUGUUUGAAACGUAUAAAGUUCCCGCCUUUUUCUUAUCAAAGACAGCUGUAUUAUCAGCGUUUGCUAAUGGUCGUUCAACAGCAUUAGUUAUUGAUUCUGGAGCCAAUCAAACCUCAGCUGUACCCGUACAUGAUGGGUACGCCUUAUCCUCAGCUACAACAAGGACUCCUCUUGCUGGUGACUUUAUAACUGCACAGUGUCGUGGGUUCCUUGAUGAACAGAAGAUAGAAGUGGUCCCUCAUUACCUGGUGGCUUCUAAGGAGCCAGUGAAGGAAAGAGCACCUGCUAAUUACGUUAAGAAGAAAGUUCCGGAAGUAACCACUUCAUUUCAUGAGUACAUGGUCAAGAAAGUUAUUUCUGAUUUUCAAGCCUCUAUAUGUCAAGUCUCUACAUCAUCACUUAGAGAUGAGAUUGAAACCAGCACCAGCAUUCCGACUACACUGUAUGAGUUCCCCAAUGGCUAUAACAUCAACCUCACUGUUGAAAAAUUCAAAUUAACUGAAGGACUAUUUGAUUCAUCAACUGGGCAUGUCAAGGGUAUCAGUGGAGGUAACCUAUUGUCUAUUCCUAAUGUCGCUCUUCAUUCAGCCUCAGUUUGUGACUCAGAGAUCAAACCAGCGCUGUAUGGUAGUGUGGUGGUUGUUGGUGGUAACUCAUUAUUGAAUGGAUUCACAGAGAGACUCAACAGAGACUUAACUACUAAAACACCACAAAGUGUUAGGAUUAAAAUGGUUCAGAAUGUCUCUACAGUUGAGCGUAAGUUCAGCAGCUGGAUAGGAGGCUCAAUACUGGCUUCAUUGGGUACGUUUCAGCAGAUGUGGAUUUCAAAACAAGAAUAUGAAGAAACUGGAAAAUCCGUUGUGCAAAAGAAAUGUCCAUAAAUAAAAUACUGUUUAAUUAUUACGUCACUAAUAAAGUUAUUAAGUAACGAGACGUCACCACUAGUUAA